GCCCUGUUUGCGGGAGCGGGGCCGGAGGGCAGGGUGCAGGGCUGCCUUAGCUGAGAAGGUGCAGUAGCUCCAGGGCGCUUGGGUUGAACUGGUGAUAGUGAGUGCUCCAAGCGUGGGUACUGCAAGCUUUUUGAAAACUGUAUAUGCUUAAUAGAAUAUGUACAGUAGCUCUGAAGCAAAUUAAAGUCUAGUGAAGCUUUUAAAGCACCAUGUAGCUGCUGCCUGUCAUGCAAGCAUUUCUGAAUUGUUUUAGAGAAAACUCUUAAGCUGGCUUGCUUUGAUGAGUAAAGACAAACUUCCUCUGAUGAAGGUCGAUACUGUUGGAUGCAAGCCAAAUAGAGGAAGUUACAUGUAAUAGAAGUUGUCUUACUAUAAGUAGAAAGCCAAUGGCAAUUUUACAGACUUGAUCACUAACAGGACUGGCUGUAAGGUACUUUUUUAGAGCUAAAGGAAAAAUCUUCACCUGCAUAUAUGAGGAAGUUCUGGCUGUUUCUUGGAUUUCCCCUCUUCCAUCCUGCAUAUUCAGAUGGAGCUGCCUGGCCUUGCUUUUGCUGUUUGGAUGUUUAUUUGCUUCUAUGCAUCCAUGGAUAGCUAUCCAAGUGGAAAAGUAAGAGAAGCCUGCACUAGCAUGAUACCUUGUCAUGGUAGCUCUCCAAGGCUGUCACCUGAGCAUACCAUUGCAGUGAAUGGGACUGAAUUUAAACCAGGGGACAACAUAGAAGUUCUUCUGUCUGGACCAGAUUUUGAAGGGUUUUUCAUACAAGCCCGGGAUGCAGAACACCUGGAUAGCCCUGCAGUUGGUUCUUUCAUGUUAGCUGACCGGAGACUUUCUCAGCUUCUGACAUGUGGCCAUACCAAGAAUUCAGCUGUCAGUCACACAAGUAAAGCAAAAAAGAAAAACAUAAAAGUUUAUUGGAUUGCUCCUGGAGAUGCACCAAGACGUGUACAGUUUCUAGCCACAGUUGUGAAGAAAUACAAGACUUUCUGGGUGAAGAUUCCUGGUCCCAUCAUUUCUCAGCCUAAUGCACCGUCCCCAACAACACCCUUGCAUGCGACAUCAGUGGCUCUAUCAACUUCACACCCGGUUUCCUAUUUAUCAAAGCCAUUUGAUGCUUCACAUUGUGGCAGUAUGAAGUUCUGUAUCAGGAACCCUUCAAACUGUGAUCCUGAAAGUACUUCCUGUUUUUUUCUGUCCUUCCAACAAGAGAAGAGUUCAGUAUUUAUUGAAAUGAGUGGUCCAAGUGAAGGAUAUCUAGCAUUUGCAUUGUCCCAUGACCAGUGGAUGGGUGGUGAUGAUGCAUAUCUGUGUGUUAAUGAGGACCAUCAUGUUCAUGUAAGCGCUGCCUAUCUGAAGGGGCGAAGUCCUCCUGUUUUGGAUUCAGAGAAUCCCCUUGAAGAUGUGUCAUGGAGGCUUGUGGAUGGUGUUCUUCAAUGUUCUUUCAGAAGGAAUAUUCGUCUUCCUUCUUAUAAAGCCAGAUUUAAUCUGGAUGCCAGUUACUACAUCUUUCUGGCAGAUGGGGAAGCUAGUGAAGGUGGACUAAUACACAAACAUCGUCGUCAGCCUCUGAUCACCAAUGGAAGGUACAAUGUCACAGGCCUUCCUCAGGAUAUUGGAGGCUCCCGGUCCCCACGACUCAUCAAGGCUCAUGGAGUGCUGAUGUUUGUUGCUUGGAUUACCACAGUUAGUAUUGGUGUUAUUGUUGCACGAUUCUUCAAACCUGUCUGGUCUCAUUCAUUCCUGUUUGGAAAGGAGAUGUGGUUUCAGAUACAUCGUAUGCUGAUGUUGACCACGGUCAUGCUUACAAGCAUUUCUUUUGUGUUGCCUUUUAUAUACCGAGGAGGCUGGAGCCAGCAAGCAGGUUUUCAUCCCUAUCUCGGCUGUACUGUGAUGGCUCUGACAAUCUUUCAACCACUUAUGGCAGGUUUCAGACCAUCUCGUCAUGCACCAAGGAGACCAUUGUUUAACUGGUUUCACUGGAGUACUGGUACAACAGCUAGAAUACUAGCUGUGGUGACUAUGUUCUUGGGAAUGGAUCUACCAGCACUUGACCUACCAGACCCAUGGGACACCUAUACAAUGAUUGGGUUUGUAGCGUGGCAUGUCGGCAUUGAUGUUCUUCUGGAAAUACACAGCUACUGUCUCAUACGUAAAGUUGAAGUGAUAGAGGAUGAUAGAGUACAGAUACUGCAGUCACUCACCUCUGCAGAAGCAGAGGGUCGUCUGUUUAAACAGAUUAUGUUAACCAUCUAUGUCUGUGGAAAUACAGUAUUCCUCAUUGCCUUCCUGGUGGCAAUCAGCCAAACAUGAAAUAAGUCAUUGAGAACUUUGUGACGAAAUAUUGUACAACUGAAAAACCUGUGAGGAAUGCUUUCUAUUUCAACUUUUCCCUCAACACUUCCCUGAAGAUGUAAUUGAAGAAUAAUAGCACAUGUGCAUUGUGCUUGGUGUUAGGGAGAGCUUGAAUUCAAAUCUAUGGAAGGAUGCUUCAGUCCUGUGAAAGCUGUCUUCUGAUGGGACUUUUAAUGGGAGUCUGAGUAAGGAAUGAAGUCUCUAUUUUUUUUAAGUGUAGUAAUUAACUUGACUGAAGUUUAUAGGUUAGGACAACUGAGAUGUGCUGAAAGUAUUGUUUUUGAUAGUUCCUUAAACCUUUUGUGAAUAUUACUGGGAGAACAGAUUCCAGCUCAAUCUUUCCUAUCGUAUCUCUUCAGUUUACUAUGUUCUAAUGACGUGUGAUGUGAAAACUUCCUGCUCAUGACAGUUUUGUGCAUUGAAAAAGAGAAAAAUCUUAGUGAAAAUUUGUCACAAAUGCCACUGGUUGAUGCAUGAGCUAAAUGCCGUUGUCUGUCAUUGCAGUUUAAUAUAAAAAAAAUAUCCUGUCCGCUCUAAGAGCGGUACGCUUAGACAAGCAUAUGAGUUUGGGAACUUCAGUCCUUUAGUAAAACCACCAUUUGCCUCACUCAAAUUACUGUUCUGUCCCAUCAUCCUCAGUACUUCUAAACUAUAAAGAGAAAACAUGUUUGCAAUAUAAGUGCAUUAAAACCACUUGUACUUAACCAGAACUCCAACAGGAAGAACCUAUCUGUGUGUAUGGAUGUCUGUUUUGGUGUCUUUGGUUGCUUGUGGCUUCUGAAUGACUUUUCUGUGUGAAUAAGAUGGAUUUGUGCCACUUGAUGCUUGAAUGGAUGUGAAAAUAUUUGCUUAGGAAUGUUGAAGGUGUAUUUACACUAUCUAGUGAAAUGUAGAUUUGGAAUUGGUUUGACUUAAGGAGAAGCGGCUUCUGUUAAUGUUAAGUGAGAGUCCUUUGAGAUGGCAUAUCUAGGAGGCAGAACUGUAUAAGAAUAUGGGAGGUCAUUUUUGUAGUCAACAGAUCUAUCUAAAUAUAUGAACUAGGUACAAGGAAUAGAAAGUUAAAACAAUAUACUCCUUCUUGGUUCAUGGUUAGCCUAAGUAUGGAAGGACACUUGAAAUGGCAUCUCAGAAAUGAACCCUUAAUAAGCCAUGCAGUACAGCACUUAGCCUUGUUUUUUGCAGCUCUGAACAGUUUGCUUCCACACAUCUCCAUUUCGAUACUGGGAAGUAUCGAUUUUCAGUUGUAAUGCUUCAAAAUGUAUCUUCAGCCUGGGACUACUAAACUAGCUGGGAAUAAAGGCAUUGGAGUAUUGGAUAGAGUGGUAAAUAAUAGAAUAGACCGUUACAGCAUCAUCUCUUUACUACCUGGUAGCCAGCUUAAAAAAUACUCAUGUAUGGGUUAGGUAGUGGCUCUCUCUAUUUUACUAAAGCUGUCUAUUUCUGUCUCUUCCUCCACCUCCCCAAAUCCACAGUGCAGCCUGUUGUAGGGACAACUUAGAUUCAGAAAGUAACAAGUUUAUGUUUUUAGUCAGUGACCUUCUUUUUGGCUGCUCAUGUAACUAGUUGUUAGGACAUUUGCAGAGCUGGGAUUAAUCCCUUUGGCAGCAGUGGCACCAGUAGACUGCAAAUGAGUGUAAGUUGACUCAUCCCCCUUCCUCCUGGAAGCUGGAAAAUCAUGUGCAGGUUGGGAAAGGGGAACUAUGGAGAAAUGUGGAAACUCCAGGCUGAUGGGCAAGAAGCAUGUGGCUAAUUGUGUGGGUUGUGGGUUUUUUGAGAACUCUGAUCUCAAAAGCCUGGGAAUCACAGGCCCAUCUGGUGCUAAAGUUUUGGGUGGCUCUCUUGUAUACCAUGAGUUUAUAGAAGAACAUCUCUCAAGCUAAGCAUGAUUGAUUGUUUUUUUCAAUUGAAGUCAAUACAGGAUUCUUUCUGUAAUAAGAGCUAUACUGUGUGUUGUUUCAUUUGCAUGUGACAAUGAACACAGGGGUUUUAAAAUAUGAAUAUAAAUAUCUUAAUAUAAGUUUUUGUCCCUUUUAAUAAUGUGAAAACACUAUUAAAUAGAAACUAGAAAAAAAAUAGUUUUGCCUAGCAGCAAAAUGGAUUGUCUGUUCUCUUUGUAGAUGUUGUUUUAUAAAUUAAAGCUAUCUAAAUGCUUCCUGAAGAAAGUCUUAUUGAAAUCGAAUGUUCAAAUAGUUUCAUUCUAUAAUGCAUCUUUUCCUCAAGCAGAAAAAAAAUUACUCGUUCCACAUCUAAUACAGUUCUCAAGUUGGCAGAAUUGUCCGUUGCUCUGGAUAAUUUGUUCCUUCCCAGUGCUAGUGAUACUGUGUAGUUUAUGUGAGACCUUAUGUGCAGUGUUGUAACUUCUUGAUUGAAAGACUUGUUAAUUUUGUGUAAUGUCUGGUCACACACUGUCCCACCCUCUUCAUGCAUGACUAGUGAGAGGACGCAAUAUGUCUGUUUUCUAGUGACCUCCAACAUUUUUGGUAUACUCCUUGGAAAACAAGAAAGUCUGUGGAAGUGUUUGAUAUCAGCAGGGAAAUAGGUGACAAGCAAUUUGGUUCUAGAGACGCCGGUGGCUUCUCUUUGUUGUUUGGUUUUGGGUUGGUUUUUUUUCCUUGAAUGAUAAAAUGUUGUAUAGAAGAAAAUACCCAUUGCUUUGCUUCAUAAAGGAAUCCCACUGAAGUCAAGAAAAUUUCUUCACAAGAAGAGAUCAAGAAGAUUUCUGUGUUCUUUACUCUCAGAUUAGACUUGUGACAACAAAUCAACAUUAGCGUAUUUCUCUGUGGGUUCUUCUAGACACACAAACACUCCCAGUCAAGUAGAAACUUGUCAUCAGUCUCACAAGUAGUUUACUGUUUUAAUUGAUUUGUUAGGCACAGCCUCCAAACAGUGAUCAUCUGCUCUUGACUUAACUACAAAUCAUGUUUCUUGCAUGUGUUUUGAAUGAAAACUGAUGUAAAUAGCUGAAAUGCAAUGAAAGUUGCUGCUACUUUGCUUUACUUGAAAUAUUUUUUUUGCUAGCUGACAUGCAGGCUGCAGAUUGAACUAAGUAAAGGUGUGCUUUGUUUCUUCUCCUUACACUGAAUGCUACACUUCUGUUUUCUCAAAAAUCACAAGAUGAGGAGACUUCAUGUUCAGUGUGAAAAUGCCCAAGUUUUUCCGUUACCCAGGCUUAGGAAGGCUGGAGAUUGCCUGCCUUUUGUUUCCUGUCAGGGUUUCCAAGGCUGCGGGAACACUGUGUGGCGCUCUUGUUCAAAUAACAUUUUCAUGUUUGCUUUCUUUAAUUUGCGUUGAGAGAGGUUGAGGCAUGUAAAGGAUGUCCAAAACAGAAGGUGUUCUAGAUGAACUAAUCAGAAGAAUUUUCAAGCUUUGUUAACAAACUUUACAAUCAAGCCUGUUCAUGCAGAUAGACUUGAAAUGGGUGUUUGUUUGAUAUCUAUGUUUAAGCUUUUGUUUGAACAGUUAUGGCCUGUUUUCUUUUUGUCAUGUGUGUAAGCUGUGCUCGGUGCAGGUACAUCCCUUUCCAAACAAGAUGAACGGCAAUCAUUGAGGAAAAACUGCCAUCUUCUGCAUUUCAGUGCAGAAGUUAGUAUCAGUGAUUUUAGAGCUUUGGUGCAGGCUGAAGUAAGGAAGACACCAAAUGAAUAGAAGAAUGAUUAACAAUGAUAUUCUGCUAGUAAUUCUGAGAAAUUCUUUGUUCACAUCAGUCUGAUCCCACCAUCUCUAAGGGGUAUGUGUAUGGUGGGGACCUGUUGCAUUCACUUAUGUGAGGAUUUAGCACAGCAGAAUUGCCACAGGGUAAGUGCUUCAGAACGCACUUGGUACCAUCUGUUUCAGCCCAUACGUGGGCUAAUUCAACCAUCGUGUAACUUCUGCUGGUCUUUGUUGCACUGUACAUAAGUGACUUUACAUAUUGUAAACCACAAAAGCUGAACAUUUGUGUCACACUGAAGCAAGUAUCUAUGAUAGUCGUACUGGACAAAGGAUGCUGCACUAAAAGACUCCAGCUUUGGAUGCACUAAGAAAGACUCCAGCUUUGGAUUUGUUUCAGAGAGACUUCUGUCAUGCUGGACCUUAGAAAUCAUUUGGCUUUAAUGAUGAAUUGGAACUCUACAUGGCAUUUGUACUUAAGUGUGAAAAAGAUAAUUUGCUGCCUUACAGUUCUGUUCUUGUUGAUGUGAGAUGCAGGAGAGCUCUGGGGCUGCAGCACUCAGAACACCCUGCUUCCCAGAAGCACACAACUCCUGAAUGCUCCAUUUUAUGUCUCUGUUCUUCCUAACUAAUGAUUAGAUAUCCAUGCUGCUACAUAGCUAGUGUAUUAGUGUGGGACAGUUCAGAUUCAUCUAGCACAAACUGAAUAGUUCUAACAUACAUGACAUCUGCUUUGCCGUGUGGCAAUUCUGAGAUCUGCUGAGCCCAGUAGUGUCUCCAGAAGUGGUAGUAAUGAGUGCUUAGAGCAAGAGAUGUAACAAGGCUGCAGUGAUGUUUUCUCUUCCCAGCAAGAUCUCCUUGCUACUUGCCAGAAUCUGUGCAAGGAUGUCCUAAGCUAGAAACAGCAGCUGGACUGUGAAGUUUUGUAGUGAUUGGAUUUUGUCUGUGAAGUGUGCAAUGAAUUAUUAAAAAAGAUAAAAUACUCCAUUAA